AUGGAGGACGUCCAGCGGAUUAGCGCACAGCUUUCCGAAGCGCUGAACCAGGCGGCGGACCAGGAUGUGGAGCUGCGGCGGCUUCGACGAGCACUUGAACAGGCCCAGCUUGAAGCGGCCGAGGUGGUCAAAGCGAAAGAGGAGCUUACCAAAGAGCGAGAGAAGCUGGCGGCCGAUCUGGCGGCGGCUCAGGAGGCGAAACUGCGCGCAGACAACGAAUUGGCGGAUCUGAGUUCGGGGCUACUAGCCGAUGCGGGCGAAAAAGUCCGCGAAGCAAACGUGAGGGCCGCAGAAGCCGAGCAACGCGCCAAGGACAUCGACGCUCGGCGGGCCCGGCAAAUAGCAGAAAUGGAAGAGAACCAUGCACAACAGGUGGCUGUGUUGCAGGCAAUGAUAGCUGCGGAGGCCGAAUCUGACGCUGCGGCGGCUCCGGAGACCAAAGUAGACAAUUACAUCACGCACAUCCCCAGCUUUGGCACCCGCGAGGUCGAUCUGACGGACAACGAUGAUUUUGCUGAGGCAUUGGAGGCUGCGCAGUGGACGUCGCCUUUGCGGCCCACUGCUCGAACAGAUCUGCCCGAUUUCAAGGACUUUAUGGCGUUGGCAGGCACAGCGGCCAGCCUCCAGCAGCAGAAAGACAGUUUUUUGGCGCCGUUCCAACGGUCGUCGACGCCAAGAAUGCCGCAUUUGUCGACCAUCAGGUUUGCUGCCCGCACUAUUGCCGAGGACGUGGAACCCACCUUGCGGCUUGACAGCGCCGUGCACCUGAGCUGGCUGGUCCGACGAGCCUGGUAUGGGGCAGUUGUUGACGGCACGUUGCUCAUUGAGCCUGUUUCGACUGCAUUGAGGGCAUGGGCGACUCGGCCUUCCAACCCCUGUUGCCUUUGUGGAGAAGCUCGCACUACCCCACAGUAUGCCAGACUGUACUCUGUGAAGCUGCCCAAGGACCCUACAGACUAUAUUCUUGGUUUAGAAUGCGUUGUGCGGGUUCGCGCUGCGUGCGAGUAUAUUGCAUUUCUACGUUCGCUGCGGGACGGCGUGCGUAAAGUGGACACACUGGAAGCUGCUCUGGCGGCCUGGCAAGAGUGUCUCAAACUGCGAGAAGAGAUGUUCUGGUCCCGGUCAUCUGGAUUCUUUGCAAUGAAGCGUGAAGCAGUCGAUAGAGCGUACGUUCCACCUACUCCGCGGGUGAACGAGUCACCCAGUUCAUUACCCGAGAAUCUGGAGACCCCGAUCCUCCCCCAGCUUGGCGACAAGUCCGGCAACUUGGACGAGGGCGAGCCCGAGGAAGAGCACACGCAAGGGGAGCCAGCAGACCCUCGCGGUGGUCGACUGGCGGCCGAUGCUCUGGGCAUUUCCAAUGGAACCAAACACAAGGACCAGGACGCUCAAUCGGCCCGCGAGGGUUCUCCUGUCGGUAGCCACGGCACCAGCAGGUCGCCUGCAGACGUCGAUGGAGAUGCAGUUUCAGAGUCCUCGGCGAGCAUGCGCAGUGCUCACUCCAGCUAUGACGCCGAAUGA